AUGGCGACUGGCAUCAUGGCUAUCAUUCCAGCUCACAUCAUGCGAUCAGUUGGAGGCAAGUUUGAUAACGAGGCUGUUGCCAUGACGGCAAUUUGCAUGACGUUCUGGUUGUGGCUGCUCUCUAUCCGCAGCCCGAAGUGGUGGCCAAUUGGAGUGUUCACGGGGCUGUCAUACAUCAAUAUGGUGGCCGCUUGGGGAGGCUACAUCUUCGUGUUGAACAUGAUCGGCGUCCACGCCGUCAUGUUGGUGCUGCUAGGCCGAUUCACCAGUGGCGUUCACAAGGCCUAUUCGCUUUUCUAUGUCAUCGGUACAGCAGGCGCUGUUCAGAUCCCAGUUGUGGGCUGGCAACCCCUGCGAUCGCUGGAGCAGAUGGGUCCGCUGCUGGUCUUCAUCGGAUACCAGGUCCUUGCUUUUUGCGACUUCCAGCGUCGCCGCAAGAAGAUGGAAACCUGGGCAUUCGUCAAGUACCGCAUCCUGAUGUGCAUUCUCACUGGGUUGGCUCUUGUUGCAGUAGCAGUGAUGCUUUAUCCCACUGGCUAUUUCGGCCCGCUCUCCUCCAGGAUUAGAGGUCUCUUCGUGAAGCACACGAAGACAGGCAACCCGCUGGUAGACUCUGUUGCCGAGCACCAGCCCGCAAACCCGAAGAUCUACGCCUCACACCUUGGCCUUCCUCUGAACUAUGUCCUGUUUGGUGGUCUGGUUUCUGCUUUCAAUCGGAACAACGGCUUCUACUUCCUUUGCCUCUACGGCUUCAUCGCGUCGCACUUUUCUGGAAAGAUGUCGCGGCUGGUGCUGAUUUGUGGCCCGAUCGUGUCCGUCGCAUGUGGAAUCUGGUGCGGCUUCCUUCUGGAUAUGAUCAUAGAGCCGUUCCUCCUCCUGCUUGGCAAGAAGGGUUAUGAACCACGGUCAAAGGCAUCCUCUUCGGAAGACACCCCGAAGUCGGGCAAAGGAAAAGCCGAAAAAGAGAAGGGAGACAAAGCAGGAAAGGACAAGGAUGUGAAAAAGAAGAGGACGGUCAAGGAGCAAGAUCCUGAGCUGGAAGAGCAUGAAGAGGAGUUGCGUCCUGGCGGUGCCAUGCAGCUGAAGCGCAUGGUGAAAGGCUACUACCAAAAGAUGUUCCCCGAGAGUUCUGUGGCUGACUUCCGAACGGCGCGCUAUGCAUUUGACAACAAGCUGCCAGUACUUCUGGUCCGAGCUGUGGCAUCUGUCGUGUUCGUCGGGUACAUGCUGACAAUGAGCGAGCUUCGAACAGAGCUCCCCGAGUUCGUGGAGCGGUGCAAAGCCAUCGGAGAGCAGGUUGCCAGCCCGACGGUUAUGUAUGCCGUCAGGCAGAAGGACGGAAGCAACUACAUCGUGGACGACUACUACAAGGGCUACAAGUGGCUCGAGAAAAAUACCGCUGAAGAUGCCCGGGUCAUGGCCUGGUGGGACUAUGGUUAUCAGAUCACCGGCAUCGCGAAUAGGACAUCCAUUGCAGAUGGCAAUACCUGGAACCAUGAGCAUAUUGCGACGCUCGGGCGCACACUCACCAGCGAGGUGAAGCGGGCCCACAACGCUAUCCGGCAUUUGGCCGACUAUGUUCUUGUUUGGGGUGGUGGCCAGCGAGAUGACUUGGGCAAGUCGCCUCACCUCGCCAGGAUCGGUAACUCCGUUUUCCCCGACCAUUGUGGGGACGACGACCCCAAGUGCACGAAGUUUGGCUUCUAUGCCGACCGGUCGCCGACUCCAAUGAUGGAGAAGUCGCUGCUAUACAAGCUGGUAGAGCACAACGUCAAGAAGGGCGUGCGGGUGAAUGAGCGCUUCUUCAAGCACGUCCACACCACCAAGCAUGGCCUUAUGCGAAUUUAUGAGGUGCAGAAUGUUUCGCAGGAGAGCAAGGACUGGAUUGCAGACCCGAAGAAUCGAGUCUGCGAUGCCCCAGGCAGCUGGUACUGUGUCGGCCAGUACCCCCCUGCUUUGGAGAAGCUGAUCGCGAAAAGGAGAAAUUUCGCACAGAUUGAGGACUUCAACCGCAAGGGUGAGAAGAGUGCCUACACCCGACUCAUCGAGAAAGAGAAGGGCGAGCUCUGA